AUGACAAAUUCUCCAAAUAUCAAUUUCACUUCUAACUUAAACAGCCCAUUCAUAAAAUCUAACGAUAUUGAUUCUCUAUUAAUCACCAGGUCUGCAAUCCCAACCGUAACUUCCGCCCGAAUGGACCCUUCAAGAGCUUUACCACUGCCAAUACCUACGCAAAUAUAUUCUCCAUACAAUGAUACUCCAUACCAGCCAAGUUCAGAUUUAUUACCCUUACAGCACAAUAAUUUCAAUUUCCAGAGUACACCAAAUCAGCACAAUUAUAUAUACAAUAAUACUUAUAAUUAUCAAGGAAUGAAUUCUUUAUUUCAAAAAGCAAAGAGUAUAUAUGGUUAUCAAUACCCGGGAUUCAAAGUUAACGAGGCUAAACAAAGUACAGAUUCGAGAUUAUUUCCUCCACUGGCUGGCCAAAAUAAUUACUCUCCGACUAGAUCUGCCUCGGUGCCUGCUGAAUCUUUAAACGAGUCUGACGUUGAUAAACCAAGCUCACCUGAUACAGGCAGUGCUUCACCAAUCGUGAAUUCAGAGGAACCAACUUUAUCUAUUGCAAGCAGUCUAUCAAGCCAAACCAAUUCUGUUAAACCUGAAAUGUUAUCAACCAAACCAAUGGUAAUCACGACAAAUUGGAAGGAUGAAAAUACCAUCUGUUAUCAAGUAGAGGCAAACGGUAUUUCUGUUGUUCGCAGAGCCGACAAUGACAUGAUCAACGGAACCAAAUUGUUGAACGUAACCAAAAUGACAAGAGGUCGAAGGGAUGGGAUAUUAAAAGCUGAAAAGACAAGAAAGGUCGUUAAGAUGGGCACACUUAAUUUGAAAGGUGUAUGGAUACCAUUUGAUAGGGCAUAUUGUAUCGCUAGGAGAGAAAAAAUUCUGGACAAAUUAUAUCCUUUGUUUGUUAAAAAUAUCAAAGCUAUCCUUGAUAAAAAUUCUACAAAAUAUUUCAAACAUUAUUACAUAUCGAAAAACAUAAAAAAUCCAUCCUCUCAACUAAUUGGUAAACAAUCAAGACUCAAAAAAUCACAAAGUAAAAAAAAUGUUUCCAAAUCAAAUAGUUACAAAAGACAUUCACUAAGCAAAAGAAAAAUGAGUGUAUAG